AUGAACUCAUCUACUACCAGCCAACAAUUGGUUCUCCAGCCAUUUUGGGAUUACCUUCUUGCGGAAUUUGGAGGCCUAGUGAAUUGCCCUAUUUUCCCUGUCUUGCUUGCCUUCUCUGGCUAUCUGUGCUUCAGUUUGCCAUUUGCUAUCAUUGACAUGCUUGGAGAUAGAUGCCAUUUUUUCUAUCAAUACAAAAUUCAGAAGAACAAGAGCCCAACAAUAAGGAUGAUGCUUUUCUGUGUCUGGAAAGCUGUGCUUAACCAUAUUAUCUAUGUCUUUCCUACUGUAUUCCUUAACUGGCUGUGGAUGCCACCUGUAUCUUUACCAGUAAGAGCUCCUUCCAUUUGUACUCUUCUUGAAGAGGUCUUAGGAUGUUUGCUUUUGUUUGAUUUACAGUAUUUUAUAUGGCAUGUGAUACACCAUAAAAUCCACUGGUUAUACAAGAAGGUCCAUGCUGUUCACCAUGAUUAUGUUGCACCGUUUUCAUGGUCUAGUCAGAACCUUAGCGGCUACGAACUGAUGACGGUCGGCUUUUGGAGUACAAUGAAUCCCAUCCAAUUGGGAUGUCACCCACUUACGUCCUGGACUUGUAACCUACUUAGUGUGUGGAUGUCUGUGGAUGAUCACAUAGGCUAUAAUUUUCCCUGGUCCCUUCACAAUAUAUUUCCCUUUGGUUUAUAUGGAGGGGCUCUAGCCCAUGACUUGCAUCAUCAGAAACCAGGAACAAACUUUGCCCCAUUUUUUCGACACUGGGACUAUAUUUGUGGAACGGCUUACUCUUUUUAG